AUUUCGUGAACGCCGUGUGCUUUAGGUUGUUUAUAUGACGCAAAUAUCCCGUGUUUUGACCAGCUGUUUAACUUGAGGAACGUAGCUCUUCAACCUUGACAGGAAUACUAGCUAGUUAAUCCAGUUGCGAUAUCAUUCACAUUAUUAUAAUUAAUACACCAUCUUCAGACGGAGAACUAAACAGCUUCGGUUGUCUUAAAUUAUGUACAUUGCCGUGUUGUAUGGGUUGGUAUUGAAUUACCUUAAACGUAGAUAAAUGCUGCGCAUUUUUCCGGAUAAUUGAACAGUCGUUAACUAUCUGGUUAGAUAUAUAUGUGUCUUUCGUUAUUUAAAAUCUGGUAGGUGAUAAUUCUGCAUUUUCCGGUGCUAUGACAUUACUGUAGAGACAGCUAGGUAACGCUGUCAAAAUAAUACUGUAGCUAGUAGGUUAACAAGUUUAGUAGCCGUAGCUAAUAUUUACUGCGGUAAUAGUUAGCUAUGUGAACGUGGGUCAUAAUUGGUACUAGCUAAAUAGAUGAUUACUUAAAGCAGAAUAUGGAUGCAUGUCUGUUCCACUUGACCUUAUUUAAUUGAACGCUAGAUUUGUUACUAGCUAUUAUGUGUUUUUAUAGUUUUUCUUGGGGGACAUUGUCUGCUGGGUAGUUAUGACAUUGUAAUUGUAAUACAGAAAUGGGCCCAGAUGUAAAAUGAAAAUGGUUGGUUUUAACUUGCCCCAUUGUUUACUUUGUUUGAUGCUUGAUUAAUUCCAGUGAACCGUGUUUUGUUAUGAUGGGAAAGGUUGUUGCGUCGCUGCUAAAGAGUUACAUAAAUCAUCAAAAUCUUAGGGAGUGGGCUAAUAUAGUUGAGGUUUAGUUUAUUUAAUGUUAUUAAACUGCAUCAGAUUCGUAAAGCUCAAACAGAAAUAUCGAUUUAGUAUUUGUAUGUAUGUAUAUUAUUUGAAUAUGGUUUACCAAAUAGUUAUAGGUGAGGCUGUCUGAUAUGUUUUCUGGUCUGCUAAAUAGUCUCUCCCUUUGAAAACCUAAGUACUCAACAAUAUAGGUUCCUUUCAUAAUUAUGUUAAUGGUACUUUGUAGGCUCACUAUGUGUUGUACUGAGAUUGAAUGUUUUUGUUAUUCUGUCCUGUCAUAACUUCUCAGUGAUUGAUGUUAUGUUUGUUCUUUACUUCAUCUUUGUAGUUGCUUCUUCUGGUUUACCUCCUAUAUUCAAGACAAGGUUCUAGAUUAUUGUUUCAAUUUAAAAGGUUAAGUCAUGCAGCUGUUAUUUUUGAUUGUUAAAUAUUUUCAGGACAACUUGUUCACAUUGCUUAAAUGUUUUGCUAGGCUUAUGAAGGAUUAUGAAUGCAGUACAUUUAGAUUCUCAGUAUUGGGUAGUAUAUUCAAGCCAUGUAUGUAUUGUAUUGUUUAGUUUGUCAUAUAAAGCUAUUUUGUGUAUUGCAUUAAAAGUGAAAUGUUAUUUUGCCACACUUAGGCUGUUUGGAUGCCCUGCAGCCAGGAUAACAUGCAAAGUGUUUUUGAGUCAGUGGAGCUUAUGGAAUUGUUUUCUGCAAUAUGACAUGAUCUUCUGCAAGGAAUCCUUCCGAUUCCAUGCUUGUGCAUUUGGUUACGGAAACAAAUGCUGCAGUUGUCUCGAGAGACAGCCCAGCAGGCUCUUCUGCAAAAGCACUUGUGAGUUUGAAAGAAGGAAGUUUAUCCAGUACGUGGAAUGAAAAACAAAGUUUACCAAAGUCUCAGAACUCAAGGGGAAGGAAUUCAUUUUCAGCCAUGGAUACACCAACCAGAAGCUCAAAGAGAAGUCGUUUGGUCUACGAAGAUGACGAUGGGCAGUUCACCUCCAGGUCUCCUAGAAGAAGUCAGAGAGUGACAACUGUGCCUCAGAAAUUUUCAAGCUUCCCAACACCGGAUAAGAAAGCAUCGCAAAAAAUUGGGUUGCGAUUACGGAACCUACUCAAACUCCCCAAAGCACAUAAAUGGUGCAUUUAUGAAUGGUUUUAUUCAAAUAUUGACAGGCCGCUAUUUGAAGGGGAUAAUGACUUCUGUCUUUGCCUGAAAGAGUCGUUCCCAAACCUCAAAACUAGAAAGCUGACUAGAGUUGAAUGGGGAACCAUCAGAAGACUGAUGGGUAAACCAAGACGGUGCUCGUCUGCAUUCCUCACCGAGGAGCGAUCUGCAUUAAAGCAAAAAAGGCAGAAAAUCCGGUUGCUCCAGCAAAGGAAAUUCACGGAUGUAUCGCACUGUAAAGACCUUCCUGAGGAAAUCCCACUGCCUUUAGUUAUAGGAACGAAAGUCACAGCCCGUCUCCGAGGAGUUCAUGAUGGUUUAUUCACAGGACAAAUUGAUGCAGUUGACACAAGUGCAGCCACCUAUAGGGUGACCUUUGACCGGAAUGGUUUAGGAACUCACACUGUUCCUGACUACGAAGUCCUGAGCAAUGAACCACAUGAAACGAUGCCUAUAUCUGCUUUUGCUCAGAAGCAGAGGCCUUCCCGGUUCCAAGCCUUAAUGACCCCACCCCGCGUGCCUUACGCCCCCUCCUCUCAGCCUGCUUUAAUGGAUAAUGACCCUCUCUUGGGUCAGUCACCCUGGAAGAGCAAAGUGCUGGGCACCGAAGGAGAGACACUCGGGGGGUUCCCUGUCAAAUUCCUUGUACAAGUUACACGAUUAUCAAAAAUCCUGAUGAUUAAGAAGGAACAUAUUAAGCAGCUGAAGGAAAUGAACACAGAGGCUGAAAAACUGAAAUCCUACUCCGUGCCUAUUGGGUUUGAGUUUCAGAAGAGAUAUGCCACAAUUGUGCUGGACCUAGAGCAGUUAAAUAAAGACCUGAACAAAGUCUUGCAUGAAGUACAGCAGUAUUGCUACAAGCUGGCCCCUGAGCAGGGCAUGCAGCCGGCCGACCAGCCCACCGACCUUCGGCGGCGCUGUGAAGAGGAGGCUGAGGAGCUUGUCCGGCAGGCCAACGCACACCCCAGUGGUCAGCUAUGUGUCCAGAACAAAGGCCUAACCCACCUCAUCUCCAGCCUCACUACUCUGCUGCUACAGAUAAAGUCCUUGGCAGAGGAAAAUGAUUUAAAUUCAUUUGAGUUCAAGUCUUUGACAGAUUCUCUUAAUGACAUCAAAAACUCAGUAGACAGUUCCAACAGCAGCUGUUUUCAGAAUAAUGUGGAGAUCCAUAUAGCGCACAUUCAGAGUGGCUUGAGUCAGAUGGGGAAUCUUCAUGCAUUCGCUGCCAACAACACAAACAACAUUUGAGUUGUAAUCUGUAGAGUUUUUCUAAAACAAAAAAAAAAAUGUCUGUUUUGUGUCAUGAUGUGUAAAUCCAGGGGCAUAAUAUGAGAUACUGGGAGAGGGCUUAUACAUGUCAGUUUUUCUGUUUUCAGUCACUUGUAUGACAUUGUUUAGUGUCAAUAUGUGGUGGUAGGGUUUUUGUGUUACUCCAUGUUUGGAAUAACUUGGAUAUUAGUUUUGAGUAAAUAUCUGAGUGAACAAAUUUAGGUUCUCAGCUUUAAGGCUUUCUGCUUUUCUCUUGUUUUAUAGUGUGAUGAAAAUGUACAUUCACUCUAAAAUUCAAAGGGAUUGUUAAACUUAAACCCCAAUUCAGGUCUCACAUAAUUUUAAUGUUAAUCUGAUAUUAAUUGGAUUUACAUCUGUAAAAUCCCAUUUUGUUUUGAAUAUUGGUUAUUUUAAACUAUGCAUUACCAAAAUGU